AAAAAAAAUUGAACGUCAUUGGCUUCGAACAGGGAGGAAGGAGGAGAGAGAAAGAAAGAUUGCUUUAUGCAGAGAAUUCGCAGCGGUUUUCACUUUUCGCUUACUGUAGAAGCAACGUCACAUUCCAGAUUGUUUCGGAUAGAAAGAGGAAGAGUAAGUAGCAGAGAAGAGGAUACAAACAAACAGGGUGAAAAUGACAAAGCGAGUUGCCAUUAUUGGGGCUGGUUCGAGUGGCCUAGCCUGUAUAAAGUGCUGCCUGGAUGAAGACUUGGAGCCUGUCUGCUUUGAGAGGAGCAAUGACAUUGGAGGGCUUUGGAACUUUCAGGAAAAUGUAACAGAUGGUAGGGCCAGCAUUUAUAAAUCAUUGAUCAUUAAUACCUCCAAGGAGAUGAUGUGCUUCAGCGACUUUCCAAUUCCUGAUGAUUACCCAAACUACAUGCAUAACAGCCGGAUUCUGGAGUACUUCCACCUUUACGCCAAGCAUUUCAAUCUGUUGAAGUAUGUACGGUUCAAGACCAUGGUGUGCAGCAUACGUAAACGAGACGAUUUCUCCUCCACGGGGCAAUGGGAUGUUGUGACAAGAGAUGCAGAGGAUAACUUGGAAUCGACUAUUUUUGAUGCCAUUAUGGUCUGUAGUGGUCAUCAUGUCAAUGCCCAUUUGCCUCUGGAUUCUUUUCCUGGCAUAGAAAAGUUCACAGGUCAAUACAUGCACAGCAAGGAUUAUAAAGGUCCAAUAAUAUUUGAAGGAAAGAAAGUGGUAGUAAUUGGAAUUGGAAACUCUGGAGGUGACCUUGCAGUUGAAAUCAGCCGACAUGCUAAGCAGGUAUUCCUCAGUACGAGACGAGGUGCCUGGGUGGUGAACCGUGUGGCUAACAAAGGGUUUCCUGGUGACAUGCUGUUUAACAGUCGCAUUUAUGCCUUUAUUCCGAAAUCUGUUGUAAGCUGGAUGGGUGAAAGGAGCAUGAACAACCGAUUCAAUCAUGCAAACUAUGGUCUGCAGCCUAGCCACAGGAUUUUUAGCCAACAUCCGACGAUCAAUGACGAUUUACCAAAUCGCAUUAUAGCAGGAGCUGUACUUGUGAAAUCUAAUGUGAAGCGAUUUACUGAAACUGCAGCCGUCUUUGAGGAUGGUACAAUGGAAGACAUUGAUGCUGUUAUUUUUGCAACGGGAUACAACAUCUCUUUCCCAUUUCUGGAUGAGUCUGUCGUUAAUGUCAACAAAAAUCAUGUUUCUCUAUACAAAUACAUCUUUCCACCUCACCUGGAGCAGCCAACUCUGGCCAUUAUUGGUCUUGUCCAGCCAUUAGGAGCCAUUAUGCCAAUAUCUGAACUUCAAGCGCGUUGGGUCACAAGGGUCUUUAAAGGUUUGGCUAAACUGCCUUCGGUCAACACCAUGACGGCAGAUAUAAUGGAGAAGAAGAAAAAAAUGGCCGAAAGGUAUGUCAACACCCAAAGGCACACUAUUCAAGUUGAUUACAUACCCUACAUGGAUGAAUUGGCAAUGCAGAUUGGUGUGAAACCCAACCUGAAGGAGCUGUUCUUCACAGAUCCACAGCUGGCAUUUAAGGUCCUCUUUGGCCCCUGCUCACCGUACCAGUUUCGACUGACUGGGCCCGGAAAAUGGGCGAAAGCUCGGGAAACCAUUCUCACACAGUGGGAGCGCACCAUCAAACCAACUAAAACACGUGCACCUGCGAUGAAUCAGCAAGAAACGUCUCUGCCGAUGCUGCUGAAAGUCAUGGCUCUGCUAGUCGCCAUUUGUGCUCUCUGUCUGCUUCUGUAAUUGGGGGAGGCUUUCCUGAGGAGCUUCUUCCAGCCUUUUUGCCAGCCAAAUAGUGAUUGAUUUUGAUGUUGCUUUGAUUAUCUUUCAUAUGAUAUGUGAUUGAUUCAUUAAAUUUUACAGCAUGGAAAUAGGCCCUCAAGCCUAUCUUGUCUGUGCAAGUCUUCAUGCUCCUAUCUACUCUAAUGCAAUUUCCAGCAUUUGGCCCUUAGCCUUGAACACGGUGGCACUUAAAGUGAUCAUUUAAUUACUUCUUAAAUGUUGUGAUGUUUCCCAGCUCUGCCCCCCUUUCAGGCAGUGAGGUCCAAAUACCUAUCACAUUCUGGAUGAAAAGAAAUCUUAAGUCUCUCCAUUAUACCCUUUACUUUAAAUCUGUGCCCCCAGGUUAUUGUUUUCUUGAAGGGGAAAUGAUUCCUCCUCACUGUCUACACCAUUCAAGUUUGCACACUUCAGUCAGGUCCUCCCGCUUCUGCCUUGUCUGCUCUAGGGAAAAUUAUUCCAGCCCAUCACAGCAGAAAUGCUCCAGCCUAAGAAACAUCCUGGUGAAUCUCCUCUGUACCCUUCUGCGUGCAAUCACAUUCUUCCUAUAGUGUGGCAACCACAAUACUCCAGAUGUGGCCUAGGUAAUGUCUUGUACAGUUCCAUCAUAAUUUUCUGUGAAUUUCAGUGUUGUGACUAAAAGGCAAGUAUCCCAUAUGUCCUCUUAACCAACUUAUCCUUUGCCUGUUAGUCCUCCCAAAAAUGUAGUAUCUCAUACAUUGCAAGAUUAAAUUCCUUUUGCCAUUGUUUUACCCAUCUGAUCAGCCCACACCUCCCCCUCACCUCCAUCCAAGGCUCUAAAGGAUUACUUUAAAUAUGCACAUCCUCCCACCUCAUUUACUGCGUCCAUUGCUCUCAAUGUGGUCUCAUUUACGUCAGGGAGACCGAGCACCAACUCAGCGGUUCAGGGAAUAUCUCUGGUCCGCAUGCACCAAACAAACCGCCCUGUGGCUCACCACUUCAACUCCCCCUUACACUCCUGUAACGAUGUGCAAAUCCUGGGCCUCCUCCACUGCCAAAUCAAUGCCAUCUGCCAACUGGAGGAAGAACACCUCAUCUUCCGCCACAGGGACCCUACAACCACACGGUAUCAACAUUAACUUCACCAGUUUCCAAAUUAUCUCAGAUCCAACCCUCUGAAUCAGCACCACCCUCUUCACCUGUGCUACCUGUCCAUCUUCCUUCACACUUAUCCGCUGCACCCUCCCCACUAACCUAUCACAAUCACCUCCCACCUAUAUCCACCUAUUACCAUCCCAGUUACCUUCCCCUCACCCUCUUAUUUAUCUCUCAGCCCCCUUCACCCUCUAUAUUCCUGAUGAAGGGCUUAUGCCCAAAACAUCAACUCUUCUGCUCCUCGGAUGCUGCCUGACCUGCUGUGCUUUUCCAGCGCCACACCUUUUGACUCUGACUCUCCAGCAUCUGCAGUCCUCACUUUCUACAAUAUUAUCCUGCAGUCAAAUACUUUACCACACCAUCAGUUUCCAUGUCACCUGCAAACUUACUGAUCAAUCCUUCUACGUUUAUGUCUAGCUAACUAAUGUACACUAUAAGUAGCAAAGGACCUCCCUGUUGAACCCUGUGGUACAGCACUAGGCACAGGAUUCUAUUCCCCCCAUCCCAGCCUCCUGUCAUUAAGUCAGUUUUGGAUCCAAUUUGCCAAAUUGCUCUGGAUCCAAUGGGCUGUUAUCUUCUUGACCAGUCUCCCAUGCAUGACCUCCUCAAAGGCCUUACUGAAGUCAUUGUAGACAAGCAUCCACUUUUGUUUUCUCUGGAAUUUGUUCUCAAGACUUAAUACCUUGAACGAAUCAAGUCCUGUCUACAGCUGGUUCAGUUGUGGUGUUGGACUUAAGGAUCGUUUUGUCAAAAAGCAGCCUGUCAACAUUGGGUGCUUUAAUGAACAAAAUGUGCCAUAUGGUGUAUUCGCACACUGUGAGAAUUAGAUUUUUCUGUUGUGACGUUUAUCAGUCCAGACUGAUGAGGAUAGCCACUUAGCUGAUUCUGGGGCGCUUGUGAAUUUGCAUUCCAUCCCUUACUUGCAUUUUCAGACAUGGAAGGGAAGGAAAAGCACAUUUUGUUUUACAUGGGGAUGUUGAUGGCCUAAUGGUAUUAUCGCUGGAUUAUUAAUACAGAGAGCUCAGCUAAUGUUCUGGAGCUCCAGCUUCAAAUCCUGCCAUGGCAGAUGGUGGAACUUGAAUUCAAUAAAU